AUGUUGCGUGCCGUCGCUGCUUUCGCAGCAUGCAUUGCCUUGGCCAAUGCCCAGACCUUUGAUAUGGACAUGAUUUUGGCUGCCGAGCCCAUCCCGACCCCAUCCAUCCCUGUCGUAUACGUCACAGGUGAUACUCCUACAACGACAGCAUCUGCCACAACAGUCUCAUACGUUGAGACGCAGGCCGUAGCAUCUGUCUCGUCCGAGGUCGUUGCUGCAGCAAGCAGUACUGCUCUUAACAAGCGUGCCGCUUCUACUUGUGUGCCCCAACCCACUGGUAUCUCAUACAACUCCAGUCCGGACACCGCUUCUGCUUUCUUGGCCGAUGGGUACUACUCAAGUGUCGCUUCUGCCGCAGCUACACCUGCUGGUUAUGUCAAUACUUUCACCAAUCUUCAAGCCUCGAACAACGCUUAUGGAUACAUGGGCUUCCAGCUGCUGAAGACUUAUGAUACUCAGUUGUGCUCGCAGAAGUGUGACAAGAUCAAUGGAUGUCUUUCGUUCAACAUCUACUUCGAGCGUGAUCCAUCUGGUACGUAUCAUGCUCACGUUGAUAAGAACUUCGUUGACAUCAUUACUNNAGUCGAUCCCAAUGACGCCUCUUGCUCGUCGCCGUCCUCGGUUACUCAGAUCAAGUGCGUGUUCUGGGGCGGUCCAGUUCUCAAGUCCAAUGCCCUCAACGCUGGCCAAUGGCGCAACAAAUUUCAGGUUGUUAUCGCUGGAUCCAACGGCUACGUGAACCAAACCAUUACUCCUGCUGCUGGAUACGAUCAGCCUGUCGACCUCGGUGAUGCUACUAUCAACGCUCCUUUGGACUGCUCUGGACACGACACUUUCAUGCAAUCCAAAUUCUUCACCUCAGGACCUUUCGAUGCCAACUUGUGCGCUUCAGCCUGCUCGGCCCAGAACGUCUACAACUUGGCCCAUCCUCCUGCUGAGGGCAAGCCCAAGACUUGCCAAUUCUUCACUACAUAUCUUCUCUACAAGAAUGGCGUUGCUCUUGGCCAAAUGUGCUCUCUCUACACUAUGGCUUGGAACACGACUUACAACACCAACAAGGGUUACUACUAUGGUAGUGACCACUAUACCGUUGGCUACAGUUAUGCGUUCUCGAACUCGACCGACCAUGGUGCACCCUAUGCUGCUUGUGGUUCAUCCAGCUCAUCAAUCUCCUCGAGCACUACUCAGGCUUCAUCAACCGUCGUAUCUGCUUCGUCCACUACCAUGACCACUUCCACCGCAACACCCACCUCUCUUCUCCCCGACACUUCCUGCAACAACGCCGGCCUCCAAUUCGCAUACUACCCCGGUCUCCCCAGCACCCAAUGGGACUUCAACUCUCCCAGCUACGGUCUCGAUGCCGAGAAUUACAAGACCGUGACUCCAAACUACACUGGCGUCACCAACUUCAUCGGCGGCUUUGCUUGGAACACCUAUCACCAAUCCUCUACCAUAUACGGUAGCUCUCGCCCUUUCGACCACGAAAAAAUGAUCCUCAACCAUCGAGGCUAUUUCUUCGCUCCCACCACCGGCGAAUAUACCUUCAGCAUCCCCACCGUAGACGACGCAGCAUUCUUCUGGCUCGGCGAUGUCGCAUACACUGGUUUCAACGAAUUCAACCAUCUCCUCUUGGAUACACAAGCCAAUGGCACUCAAAGCGCCACCGUGACGCUCACGGCAGGUAAAUACUACCCCAUCCGUUUGAUUUACGGUAAUGUUGGUGGUGGACCUGGUAGUUUGUAUUUCCAGAUUGAGCAGGGGAGUAAGGUGGCUGUGGAUUGGUCGUCGACGGUGUCGCCGUAUUUUGUGCAGUUUUCAUGUGAUGGGGUGAGGGCGCCUGUGUAUCCUGCUUUUGGACAGGAGACUUGA